AUGGCUAACUCAGAUGGAGUAGAAAUGCUUGGGCAAUCCAGCGGGUACGGAGUACUCGUUGGGGUGGGUGGAUUAUUUGCAAUCGGUAUGAUUUUAACUACUAGAUUAUUGCAAAAAUAUUUACAUGAAAAUGCCAAUUCAACUGAAAAUUUUAUGGUUGCGAACAGAAAUGUGGGGGCUCCUUUGGUGGCAAGUUCUGUUUAUCUGAGCUGGACUUGGGCUACGGAACUAUUAUGGUCGAGUGCAAUGGUAUACAACUAUGGUAUUAUGGCCUCCUAUUGGUAUUCGGCUGGUUUGGCUAUUCAAAUCUGCCUUAUGACUGUUUUAGGAAUUGAGGCUAAAAAGAAGAUUCCAACUAGUCACACAUCUUUGGAAAUUGUUGAGAUAAGAUAUGGGAAGGCUUGUCACUUGUUGUACAUGUUCUUAAGUUUAGCUAACAACUUGCUUGCUUGCUCUUCGAUGAUUUUGGGUGCCGCUGGAGCGAUAUCAGUAAUUACUGAUAACCUUCAUAUUGCGGCAUGUACAAUGCUUAUUCCUUUCGGGGUUUUGUUGUACACAGCAGUUGGAGGAUUGAAAGCUACUUUCUUGACCGAUUUUGUUCAUUCUUUGAUUUUGCUUAUUAUUUUAUGUUACAUUGAUACUGGUGUGCUAGCCUCGAAAGAGAUUGGAGGAUUGGAUGGUCUAUAUGACUUAGUGAGACAACAUGAAGGCGAUAGGUAUAUUAAAGGAAAUUUCGAGGGAUCUUUCAUGACUGGUAAAUCCCAGGGUGCUAUUUUCUUCGGGAUUAUUUUGACAAUUGGUAAUUUCGGUUUGACAGUAAUGGACUCCUCUUUUUGGCAGAAGAGUUUCAGUGCAGAUGUUAAAGCUACCUUGCCAGGAUAUCUUACUGCAGGAUUUUUGAUUUUUGCUAACUCUUGGGGUACCGGCAGUAUUGUUGGUCUUGCAAGUAUUGUUUUGGAAAAGUCGCCAGUUUUUCCUACAUUCCCUCGAGCAAUGACUGCUUUUGAGAUAGAUAGUGGAUUAAUGUUACCCUAUACUGUUAAGGCCGUUUUAGGCAAAGGUGGACUUGGUGCUCUUCUUUUGAUUAUAUACUUGGCGGUAACAUCUACAGUAAGUGCUCAAAUGAUUUCAGUCAGCAGUAUCGUCUCGUUUGAUAUCUACAAGAAGUAUUUCAAUCAGAAUGCUCAAAACAAAGAAAUGAUUAGAGUAUCUCAUAUAAGUGUGGUGUUCUUUGGGUUAUUCUCAGCAGGAUUUUCUCUUAUGUUGCAUUAUGUUGGCGUUAAUAUGACCUGGAUGGGAUACUUCAUUUCAAUGAUAAUUUGUCCUGGUGUCAUUCCCUUGUCGCUUACGAUCAUUUGGGACCGACAGACCACACUUGCAGCUUUUGUUGCUCCAAUAGUAGGUGUAGGAGUGGGAAUUGCCGUUUGGCUUAGUACUGCAAAGCACUACUUUGGAGUGAUUACAAUUGACGCAUUGGGUCAACAGUUACCUUGCUUGUAUGCUGCUCUCACUGCUUUAUUUUUGCCUGGAAUAGUCAGUGUGAUUUUGAGUUUGACUAUUAAUCCAAAAAAGUUUGACUGGCUGAUACUCAGUGAGAAGAAUCUUCUCGUUGAAGACCCAGGCCUCAGUGAUGCUGAUUCCGAAACUGAUACUGGAAACAGCUCCGAAGAGAAUCAUUCUCAAGUAAAAGGUGAAAAGUCCAGUGAAAAAAAUAAGUAUGAGCCAAAGGUCAAGACAGUUCUGUCAGAGGAAGAACAAUAUGAUAACAGUCUUGAAUUGGACAAGUCCCCUGAACAGGAUGCGAAACUCUUGUUGAAAUACCGAAAAAUUGCGUACGGAGCAUUUAUCUUCGUGUUGUUGAUUACUUGGGUUAUCUGGCCCUUGCCACUCUAUCGAGACUAUAUUUGGAGUCGGGCCUAUUUCAAGGGUUACGUAACUGUUGCACUUAUCUGGGUUUAUGCUGCGCUACUAGUGAUAGGAAUAUACCCCUUGAUCAGUGGUAGGCAUACACAGGCUAAAAUUUGGAGGGGUUUAUACAGAGAUUAUAUUAGGAGAGAUAGCAAGUGA